GCUGGCUGAGAUAACUUCGCUCCAACAACGCCCAUUUUGCUUGAAAACUUGCUCCGAAGUCAAAGCUGUACAUUUUUGCCAUGUCUUUCCUGAAAUCGUUGAAAAUCAACGACCCAGAAAAACUCAAGGAUCCAGAUUUCGUUUCUUCACUGAAUCAAAAGGAAGUAAUUUCCAAGCUGUUACUUGCGGUAUUUUCGCUUCAAGGCCAGGUUGAAGAGUUGAACGAGAAACUCGAAAAAUAUGAGAACUUGGAUAGACUCUUGAACGGGGAGGAUCUGUCAGAACUACCAGUUCCAGACCCUAAAAAGGAAAGUCUUGUUGUCGAAAAAGUGUCCAGAACCCCUUCCGACGACAGCAUACCCAUAGGAUUCACGCCCCUCUACUCGACACCGGCCCUAUCUGAGUCGGAGAUCAUGGAAAAACCAGCAAAAAGAAAUGUUGUGAUGAAGCCAUGGCCAGAAGUAUCGCUCAACCAGUUGGCACAAAGGUUCAAGAUUCCUCGAGAACAGCUUAUACAAGCUAACAAGACGCUAAACAAGGAUAGAAAGGGACAUCUGCGCCCACUGAAGCCCAACGUCGAGACUGAAACGCUGUCGCCUCGUGACUCAAAAGAGUCCACUCCUCAACCUACUAAGCUGACUAAACCAGCAAAGAGGAAAUUUGACCAAGUCAUUGAUUCGCCGAGCUCUAAUGAGGCGAACUCUUCCAAUUGUUCGGACCCUACAAGCGAAACAACUUCGACGACAACGAAAAAGCCCUUGAAAUACACAAUCACCAGCCUUGGAUUCUACAAAUGUGACGCGUGCUUGGACGAUGAGACCUACUCAAGUUACCCAGCCUUGUGCGAACAUAAAAAGAGCAGUCACCCUGACGAGUUUGCAAGCAUCAAGCUGGAAAAGUCAAGCUGAAGAAAUUGAUUCUACUCUUACACACAAAACUAAUAUAACAAAGCGACAAAAAACAGGCAGAGAACCGCGAUUUAUCAGAAUUUGGUCACAAGUUCGUCAGUCUAUUCGCUCAUAAGGAGUUGCUGUUGCUGCUGCUGCUUUUCCUUCUUCUUCUUCUUCUUCUCCUUCUUCUUCUCGUGGUCGCUCUUCUUCAGGCUAGAAGGGGUAGGAGCAGUCUCCGGUUUCUUAGGAGCAGUAUAUGCAGCGCCGGUUUCCUUUGCCAGAAGAUAUUUCUUGUUUUCCUCCUCAUACAUGGCUUUCUGCUCUUCAUACAGCUCCUUCCAUUUGGCUUUCUCGCUUUCACUGAGCUCCUUCCACCUCCUGGAUGUCUCCUGAGCGAUCUCAGGUUGUGAGAGGCUGCUUUCGCCCGAGAGCAUUCUCUCCUUGACGAUAAUAUCUCUCAUGGCGUUUGAGUACAAAAAGAACGAAGUCAAAGGUUUCUUUGGAGCAUUGGGGUCCUUAGGGGCUCUUUUCUUCUUCUUGUCCUCCUUUUUGUCGUGGUGUCCCAUGUUCGCAAGCAUAGGGACCGAGUCAUGCCCCACGAUGGGAACCAUCAGGUCUUCGAACAACGACCGGUCAGUGUUGUUGUUUUCCAACGCGUUGAAGAACAGGAACGUGGCUUUCGACGCAUCACUGGCUGCCUUUGACAGCUCCACGAGAGCAGACACAAGCUAUUUUGUUAGAGACGCGUUAUUUCAUGCGUGCACCUACCGCAUCUUUAGCACUUUUGACCUCGUCAGUCAUUUUUCGGUUAUCGUGGUGAAAAUAAAAAGAGCGGCGGAAAAUCUGCUGCACCAGGCUGCCCCCUCUGGCCGGCCGCAAAUUCGCGCACACCAGGGACCGAACACGCUAAAAAAAAAUAUUGUAGGUUACAAAUAAAUAAAUAAAUAAAAAAUAAAUAGACAUUUUAC